CGCGCGCCGGUCGGUGGCAGCCCCGCGGCGCCGCCACGGCCCGGCUCGGCCUGGCCCCGCCGCCGCUCCCGCUCCCCCCGCCUGCCCCCUCCCUCCGCGUUCCCGGGCGGGACCCGGCCCCCGCCGGGGUUCCCCGUCGUUGUACGGCCCGGCCUCGGCCAUGGCGCACUCGGCGCCGCUCGGCCUCCUGGAGCAGGGCUGCCCCAUCCAGGUGGAGCACGAUCGGAAGCGGCGGCAGUUCACCGUGAGGCUGAACGGUUGCCAUGACAAGGCGGUGCUGCUCUACGAAUACGUGGGGAAGCGGAUCGUGGACUUGCAGCACACAGAGGUACCGGAUGCCUAUCGAGGGAGAGGAAUAGCCAAGCACCUCGCAAAGGCAGCUCUGGACUUCGUGGUGGAGGAGGACCUGAAAGCUCACCUGACGUGUUGGUACAUUCAGAAAUACGUCAAGGAGAACCCACUGCCGCAGUAUCUGGAACACUUGCAGCCUUAAGGCAGGACUGCUCUGACAAAAGCGCGCCUGUCCCUGACUGUUCAACGCGGCCUUCGCUUCUCUGCGGUCUCAGGAAAUCCCCCUCCCACGCUCACAAUUCCCAUUUUUUGAAGCGCAUCCAUGUGGUGCAUGAGUGUGGGCACAACCUCCUCCUCUCUGCCCACGUGUGAGCAUGGCUACGGCCCUUGGGCCAGGCUGGCUGCAGGCACACAUGGUGCCCCCCAGUGCUCUUCUUCCCAAGCCAGCGGGUGGAAGAGGAUGAUUUUUCCACCAAACUCCAUCACAAGACCAGGGGAUGACUCGCUCUGCGCCUUAUCCUCUUCCCUCCACUUGGUGACAGCUGUGAACUUGCUGGAGGAUGUUGGUUAGGGGUGGUCGUGGGCUACCAGCCCCUCUUUCCUCCCAGCAGCUGGGGGAGAUGCUGUGGAUUAAGCUUUGUGGGACAGAGGGAGGUGCUGGAGGAGCCCCAACCCCCUGGCAGGUUCAUCCCCUGCAGCGUCUGCUGGGCAUCGAGCCUUGCCCAAGCCUACUUGGGGCACAGUUGAGAACGCGUGGGACAUAGUGGUGCCUCGGGGGCUUUGCUGUACCGGCUGUGGAGAUGCUGGGAUGGUGACACCUUUGACCCUAGAGACACGAGCCAUGCGAGGAGUGGGCUUUGGCCACGGGGGCUGCAGCAGAGCAUAUGCAGUGUGAGCGUGCAGAAGAAGAAAGGCAGCUGAGUCGCCGAAGCUGCUCCCUAGAGAUGCCAGCUCCUGCACAGCCUUCUGUACAUAGUCCUGGUGUGGCAUCCCCACAGGCCGCAAUCGUUCCUGUCUCUGCUCCCUGCUCUCGGUGUUGUCUGUGCUGGUAUGGACACAGCCUGCUCAGGAGAAGAGCACCAGCCCCAACAGCCAGCCCUGGCCUAAGCAAUGAGGAGACAUCCCAUGCUUUUGCAAGCACCAGGGUGGUUUCCUGCAGCUGAAGGGGAAGGCUCCCCCCAUCUCCCUCAACUCCAGCUCUGUACCCCUGUCUGUGCCCCGGAUCGUAAGGCCUGAGACGUCAUCACAUCCUGAGAACGAUGAGGGUAAGGCUCUGGGACCUGGUCCUGCCCCAUCUGCAGGGCUUGAUGCUAGAGCCACCUGCCUCCGCGUGGAUGCUCAUCACUUCUCCUUACGGCCUUGGGAAAGAAGCCCUGGCUCAGGGCAGUACCCAUCUGCUCACUGGCCUCCAAGCCCUGGGCGCUCGUAACAUCGUGGGGUCCUUGGCCAGCAGCAGGGAUGAACACCCUUGCGUUGUUACCUCUGCGGAUGAUGACCCCGUAGCACAGCUCAGCAUUGCCACAGUCAGAUGUAGAGGUAACACCGUGACGGCAGGGCACUGCCUGGCUCCAGCUUGCUGCCUGUCCUGCCUUAUGCAGGCUUUCCAGGGCCUGAGCCAGACCCCACAGCAUCUCCUCCCAAGCACUUGGGAUUUUGCAGUGUCCCAGGGCUGGGCUGAGGUGGGGAGAUGGUGUGCUGGCCCACCAGCCCUGAGCAGCCGUUGGGGGCUGCAGCCAGGCAGAACGAGCUAAAGAGCCUUUCACCUGGAGGCCGAAUCCAGACCUAGCUUAUCUCUCAGCAGGGACUAAAGUUUACAAUCUGUGCCACGGACCGAAUGAAGCCCUGGCCAAGAGGCAGCUCGGCCCUCUCCUGGAGCCCAGUGCAAAGUCCAUGGAGGCAAAGGCAAAAGCUCCUACAACCUUCUCUCCUGGAUGGAUUGGUUGGAGAUGGAGACCCUGUGCCUGAUCUCAGCCAGGGACGCCCUGAGAUGUUCCUCCUGGCCACCAGCACGAGGUGAAACCCUGCCGCCUGCCUGUGCUUUGGAGCCGCCCACCACCAACAUAACGCAGCCCUCUGCGCACAGGCUUGAGUAAAACCUCCCAAACUCCAUCCCUGCCACACCACAGGCUGUGAGACCCCUGCCCAUGUCCUCCACCUGGCUGGGGAGGGACCUGUGCCCGGUGGCAGACCCAUCUCUGGCUUGUGCUGCUCAGGAAAAGGCAUCAGGCUCAGCUCUGCCGCUGCCUUGUGCUUCUGCCCUCUUGCUGCCUAUUUCAGCCUGGCUGUGAGCUUCAGGAUGGUUUAGAGGGACUAGGAAAGGGUCGCAGGUAACCAACUAAAGAAAAGGCAUUCAGGAAGAAAUCUGGGCUGCCAAAUGUUCACUCUUUAAUAUGCAAAACACACUUCAUCAUCUAGUUACAGGAGCAAGGCUGGCUCUGUUAUAGCCAAGUAGUGAUGGAACCAUCCCUGCUCUUGAUCCCAAAGUGAAGCUGAACCGUCUCCUGCAAGAUAAGACACCGUUGUAUCUCUGUCACAGCGGGACUGGGUGCUUGGAAGAGUUGUGUCCCUGAUUGCCUCAUGGGAGAAAUAGUGUGAAUCCAGCGCUGCAAGCCUCUGCCCUGGUUUUGUGCUCAUUUCCACUGCAGGACAGAUCCCAGAAGUACUCCAUCGUGUCUGCCGCAUGAGAGUGGCUCGCUGGAGGGUGUGCUGCGGUCACUGCACCAGCAGGGUCCCAGCGUCCGAGCUCAGCCCUGGAGCCAUUCGUGCUGCUCUGGCAAGAACCUCAUGCUUUCCGGUGCUGGGUCACAAGUGGCAACGGCUGCCUUAAAUCAGGCACAGCACACGGUUUUGCUGCUGCUUCCCUUUGAGGUGCUACAGUCCCCUGGUGUCUGACCUGAUGGAGACCUGUGCCAGUGUCCGUGCCAACCGUUUCACUGCUGUACCUCUGCCCCGGCCUUUCCUUCCCUGUGGUCUCUGAUGUCAGGGAACAGCAAUACCCACAGGUCACCAGCGAUGCCACGGUCCACGGUGCUCCUGUGAUCUGGCACUGCAAGGCAGGAGAUGGCUCAGGGUCCCUCGGUGCUGGGCAGCCCCCCCUCCUGCCUCUCCACCAGCUGCCCUUUCCCAGCUCGUCUCUGCAGGAUGGAGCUUUGAGUCCUGCGCUGCCCCUUGGUGCUGACUAAGCCUGGAGGAGUUGGGGAUCCUGGACUCUCUCCAGCAAUGGCAGUGUGGAAGUGGUUUGGUUGAAUAUUGAGGUCCCCAAACCCGUUUGAACUACGGACCUUGGUGGGUGGGGAAAUGCAGAUGGCUGUCAAACCCGCUUCCACAGCGCCCAACUUGAAACACCCCCUCCCUCGUCCCCUUUCCAGCGUUGUCUUCCUCUGUCCAAGGUUUCCAUUCUGUUGAAUUCAGUGGUUACGAUGUGCCUUUCCUUCUCAGGACCCGUUACAAACGACCUUUCUGCUUUUGUUUAUGUCUAACAUUUAUCUUUGUCCCUCCCUCUGUCAUACUAUAAAACAUGAACAUAUUGCAUGGAAUACAAUACAAUAAAAAGUGUGGCUUAACUGA